UCCCUCCGUACUGACAGCAGCUCUACGCGGUUCAAACUUGCAGCCGCACUGAACCAAAUAGUCUAUCCAUACCGUCUUUUUUCGUGUUUUUGAGUUUUUAAGUGACAAACUGUUUUUAAGGAAUGCGUUAAAGUGUGCGUUGCGGCGGUUCUUCACCGGGAGGAAUUACCCGUUUCGUCUUUUAGUUGAAAAGCAGCGGGGGAAAUGUCCAGUUGAGGAUUGGAAAUCCUGAAAACCGCAGGGCCUGUUUUUGUAAUGAUUGAUCAACGCUUCGACAAUGGCGCUAAAGGCACAAGUUUUAUAUGACUUCACUGCUGAGGCUGGAAACAACGAGCUGACGGUUAAAGAAGGCGAGACGCUUACCAUCACCAAUCAGAAUAUUGGAGGCGGCUGGAUUGAAGCGCAGAACUCCAGAGGGGAGGUUGGUCUGGUGCCAGAAGACUACAUCGAGCUCGGCAAGUCUUUACCUAUAUUUCCAGCUGCAGCACCUAUUCCAAGUGUAGGGAAUGUUGCAGCUCCAGACCUGUCCAUCUUUGAUUCCUAUGCUCCCACAGCAGCACCUGCACAAAACCAGGUGGAUGCUGGGGGCUUAAGCCCCCAGCCGGACACCCCUGACACCCCAGUUUCCCCCUACCUUUCGUCCCCUGAUGAGGCUAGUAACGGUAAUGAUCCCUGGUCGGUGUGGAACGCAGACCCUUCAGGGGGCUCCAACAACAACUGGGCGUCCAAUCCAGAGGGCACCCAGACUGGGAAAAGUGCCGCUGACCCCUGGAGCUCCAUAUCACAGGGCCACCCUCAGGCUUACCAGGGCCCAGGAGCGGAGGAUGAUGAGUGGGAUGAUGAGUGGGAUGACAUGAAGUCCACCGGAGGUUACGCCGAGUCAGAAUCAGGAGACAGCGGAGCAAUACAGAGAGGGGGAGCUCAUGCAACUUCUAUGAAAAUCUCCCUCAACAAGUUUCCUGGUUUCUCCAAGUCUGGACCAGAGCUCUACCUCCUAUGCAAGCAGCUUGCGAAAGGCAAAGAGAAGCUGCCAAUCUAUGUUGGAGAAGUUGGUCCAGUGUGGUUUUACCCAGAAACACAGCUGGACUGUGUGGUGGCUGAUCCCAAGAAAGGCUCAAAGAUGUACGGCCUCAAGAGCUACAUCGAGUACCAAAUCACACCCAACACCACAAAUAGACCAGUAAAUCACAGAUACAAGCACUUUGAUUGGCUGUAUGAGAGGCUGCUGGAAAAAUUUGGCUCAGCCAUCCCCAUCCCCUCUUUACCAGACAAGCAGGUGACAGGGCGAUUUGAGGAAGAGUUUAUUAAGAUGCGUAUGGAGCGAUUGCAGGGCUGGAUGACCAGGAUGUGCAGGCACCCGGUUAUUUCCAGCAGUGAAGUAUUCCAGACUUUCCUCACCUACAAGGACGAGAAGGACUGGAAGACGGGGAAGAGAAAAGCAGAGAAGGACGAGACAGUGGGAGUGAUGAUCUUUUCCACGAUAGAGCCCGAAGCUGCGGAUCUGGAUCCCGUAGAAGUGGAGCAGAAAUGUGAGCAGUUCAGCAGGUUCACUAAAGCCAUGGAUGACGGGGUGAAGGAAAUCCUCACAGUGGGCAACGAGCACUGGAAGAGAUGUACAGGCCCUUUGCCAAAAGAAUACCAGAGAAUCGGCAAAGCCUUCCAAAAUCUCUCCUCCGUCUUCAUCAGCAGUGGAUACCAAGGCGAGUCAACCCUGACUGACGCCAUGACCGCAGCAGGAAAGACAUACGAGGAAAUAGCUCAGAUGGUGGCAGAACAGCCCAAAAAAGACCUCCACUUCGUCAUGGAGACCAACAAUGAAUAUAAAGGCCUUCUGGGAUGCUUUCCGGACACCAUUGGAGUCCACAAGGCAGCCAUAGAAAAGGUGAAGGAGGCUGACAAGCUGGUUGCCACCAGUAAAAUUUCCCCUCAGGACAAAGUCACCAUGGCGAAGCGAGUCAGCACCAUGUCGUACGCAUUACAAGCUGAGAUGAACCACUUCCAUAGCAACCGUAUCUAUGACUACAACAGGGUCAUGCAGUUGUACUUGGAAGAGCAAGUCAAGUUUUACGAGACGAUUGCUGCAAAGUUGAGACAAGCACACAGUCAGUUCACUACAAUGUGAAAGCAACGACCUUCAGUCUCGCACUACAAGACAAGAAGAGUUAAACCAGCUCGACAUCCAAAAUAUUCUUGCUUCCAUUGCGUUCUUUCCUCUCUCUUUAAUUUAAAUUUCACUUCUCUCUUUCUCUCACUCUCACCUCUUUCCCUUCCUUUGCUGCUCGUGCAAAUAGUCCGAGCUCACCGUGUUACUUUAACCCGCCGCUCUCAGACGUCUACGAACAGUUAAAGAGAAUUUACAGCAGCUGAAAAGGCUUUGCAGUUUUUUUAAGGAGCAGCAAUGAAAGCUGAACAAGGCACACUCAUUACGCACACCCUUCCCUUUGCCCGAGGUCUGCAGCUUGUGACACAGGAAGUAAACGCCAUGAAUUGCCACAUUGCAUGAGUCAAACCCAGAGUUUCUCUAAUGUGAUGCAAGUUUUGUACAGCUAUAGGUGCCAACAUGCCUCUGCUCACAUUUCAUCUACUUAUUUUAAAGCAAUACUCUGCAGUUUUUCUUUUUUCCAUGGUAAAAAUGGUGAAGGAAUGGAUUUAUGUGUAUUGAAACCGAGAAACCAAAGCCAUCCUCCUCUCUGUCAAAAGCAGGGGGGUCGAUUUCUGAAUGCAACAUUGGCAACAAAUCAGAGCUUUACUGUCUUUUUCCUCAGCCAAUAUUUUGAUUAUGUUGCUACUCAUUCGUAGUUUUAACCAGUCCCUCCAGGAAUUUGCAGGCUGAUUUUGGGAUUGUUGCAGCACGAAAUGCUGAUAUCAUGGCAGCUUUUCUACAAAAAUUGCAAAGCAUGUUUUGAUGUUGAAAGGCGUUGUUUUUUUUCUUUUCUUUUUUCGGCAAUGAAAUUGCAGGGCAAAUGAAUAUUGCCAAAAUAGUUGUGAUGCUGUCUUGUAUUUGAAGCCUAUUAUUAUGAGCAUGUACCACAGAUUUAAAAUCUAUUUUUUGAUGGUGAGGGCGUGGGGGGUGCAACAGCUGAUUGCUGAUGAUCAGCUGUUGCUGCCUUUUGAAGAAGCACUAAAGGUCUGUCUCAGGCGCUCCUCCUGUUCUCUCUACCCAGUUAGCACGAGCUUACAUAGCAGCAGCGCCUAACAUGCCAUACAGAGCCGUUAACGAGUCCAAACAAACUGACACCGAAAUGGUUAAACUCUGUUGUUUAACACGUUAAAAACUGUGGGUAACAUUAGCUGCGUGAUGCCAACCGUUAGAAUUUGCAUCAGUAGUUGCGAUCGCAACGUCCUGGAGGGACUGGUUAAAGGAGCAGAGUGUAGGUUUUAGUGGCAUCUAGCAGUGGGGAUUGCAACCAGCAUGUGCUAAGUGUGAACUGCUGGUUAAAUUUCCUUCAGUGUUCAUCAUUGAGGAGUUUUUUUUUUUUUUUUACCAGGAGCUGAAUGAUCUGCUGAGGU